AUGGAGAAUGCAGGAUUUGUACAUCCGGUGUUUGAUUACGAUGUAAGAAGAUUAGUAACACAGGAUGGAUAUUUUAGUUUUUACGUACCGCUGUCAACGUUGUUUGGCUUUUGCGAAGAUUACAAACGUGUGGUAAUCAACGCGCGUCACGAAUUGAUUUUGAUACGAGCGCGCAACGACAACAAUUGCAUCGUGGGAGAUGCAGCGACAGAGCCGAAACUUGAAUUGUUCAAGAUACAGUGGCGAAUGCCUCACGUUACGUUGAACGAAGUCAAUAAACUGUCUAUGUUGCGUAUCUUAGAGAACGGACGAUAUCUGAGUAUGAAUUUCCGUUCGUUGGAUCUGUACGAGUAUCCUCUAUUACCGAGUACGACGAAGCACUCGUGGGCUAUCAAGACUGCGACUCAGCUCGAAAAGCCGCGAUAUGUCAUCCUUGCUCUGCAAACUAAUAAAAAAAACAACAUGUCAGCACAUAAAACUUUCCUCGACAGUUGUAAAUUAACCAACGUGAAACUCUAUCUGAAUUCUGAAUUUUUCCCAUACGAUGAUCUAAAUCUAGACUUUGACAAAAACAGAACCGCCAUUUUGUACGAUAUGUUCGUACACUUCCGAACAUCUUACUAUCAAAUCCUCCGCGAAAGAAGUGAAACGUUAUUCAAGCCAGAUGCUUUUAAGAAUAUGUUUUCUAUGGUAAUCAUUGACUGCUCUCGACAAAACGAGUCUGUCAAAAGUGGCACCGUGGAUGUGCGUUUAGAAUUUGAAUUCAAAGAGAAUGUACCCGCGAAUACUACUGCCUAUUGUCUUAUCAUACACGAUCGCGUGAUCGAAUACAGCCCAAUGUCCAACGUAGUGCGCAAGAUUACGUAA